CACUGCCAGCUGAUGGAGACAAACAACAACAACUACGCAGGCUCACCCCUUCGUCUCGUGAGUAGCGUAGGUUUUUCACCUCUAGGACUUUUAUGAAGUGUGCAAGAUGCCGAGCUUACCUGAGGCGGUGGACUUGAAAUAUGGAGACGAGUGCCCAGAUGCUCAGGUGACAGAGGUAGCCUGCGUAGCACUCACUCUCAAGCGCUCCGGCCGCCAGAGAUUGCCCUCUGUGCUCAUCCUCUCCGAGUGCGACAUCGAGAAGGCUGGCGAUGAGGAAGAGGUGGAGAGGAAGUUGCGAAGGGUGGGGCUGGAUUUCCCCAAAAAAACUGAGGGUGCAAGAUCUCUCUCUCCACAGGUAUUCAAGAUCCUACGCCAUUUGCCAACCCUUGGAUUUUUGAACCUGAGCUACAAUUCCUUUGAGACGUCCCUAGCUGACUCCCCUGAUGUGGUGGGCCUCACAAACUUAACCCGCCUUGUGCUUAAUGGAACAACGUUACCCUGGAAAGACAUCCAUGUCUUGCUUGAUAAUGCACCAAGAGUUGAAGAGCUUCACCUCUGCAAGAAUGACUACAAGAAAGUAGAGAAGCCUAGAAAAAAAUAUGUCACAGUUAGCCGAGUCCAUUUCAACAACAAUCCCAGCUCUGAGUGGUCUGAGAUUGAAGCCUUAGGCCAAAUGUUUCCAUCCCUGGAGGUGCUAAUCCUUGCAGAAUGUCCACUGUCCAAACUCACAGAAGAAGAACACUUUAAGGAGUAUUUCCAAAACUUGAAGUAUCUCUCACUCAAUAACACCAAGAUCUCUUCGUGGGAUUCUGUCGAUCGAGUCAACUGGUUCCCCAAUCUAGCUGAGCUGAGACUACAGCAGUGUCCGCUUUAUGAGCCCUACAAGGAUGAAGAGCGCAGACAGUUAACAAUAGCCAGGCUCUGGAGAGUCGAACGGCUGAAUGGUGGAGCACUGAUCACCCCUGAAGAAAGGGAGAAUGCUGAACGUGCAUUUAUCAGGCAUUACAUGAACAGUGAAGUGCGACCAAGAAGGUAUGAUGAAUUGAUUAUGCAGCAUGGUGAACUGGAUCCACUUGUAGAAGUCAGCUUGCAACCAGAGAAGGAAGUUGCAGUCACCAUUCGCUUUGGGGAGACAACAUUUCAAAGGACUCUCAGUGUUUAUUCCAGAGUUCUAGAUGUGAAGAAAGCACUGGAGCCAGAGGUUGGCCUGCCACCCAGCAAGAUGCGACUGUUCUACCAUGACAAAGUAGUUCACUAUGGCCCAGAAGAACUUAAGAUAAACAGCAAACAGCUUUACACAAUGAACAUCCACUCUGGGGAUGAGUUCAUUGUAGAACCAAAAGUCUGCAAGCCAUAAAGAAUGUGUGCUGCAUGUGAACCAACUCAACAUAUGCUUUCAAAAGUGGUGAUAAUUUGUAACCAUUUUACAUGACUUUGUACUUGCAACUGCUUAUAUGUGUCUGUAGUGAAAGCUUGCCUGAUGUAUCAUAUUUCUUGCAUUAACAAAUACAUUAUGAGAUUCAUAUAAGCUAUUAGGUUUGAAGGAUGAGAUAGUACUUAUUAACAUUUUAAAUGAUGAACUGCUAACUUAUGUUGAAACUAUGAAGAUACCUUAAUAAUCAUUAUAAAACUCAGGUUGUGAAUGUGGAUAUGUAAGCAGUCAAACCUCUUUAAAGUACUUACCCUCAAAAUACAGUCUUGCUUUUGCACCAGCUCAAUUUAGACCAGUUCUCUGAUUUUAAGUUUUGACAUUCACAUGACAGAAAAAAAAUAUUUACUCUAAAGAAAAUAUGUUUUUUGUCAUUCUCAUUACAACUGAUAAUGAAAGUGUCAGCUGGCAAAUCUCGAAUGUUGGGCAGAUUUGGUAAAGAAAAAAUAUCCUACCCCUUUCUCCACCUCAUGUUGUACAGGGACCCAAAUUAUGAGUAUUGUUAGAAAAGUAGAUUUAUAGAAAAUGUAGCAUACAAAUACUACACUCUCAAUGACUUUCUUGAAAAGGUCAUCUUCCCAAAAGAAAGAAGGAAAACAAAAAAAUUAUUGUGUAGAGUCCUCAGGUAAAAGUAAUUUUAGACAUAACCAGUUUUCCCUUUUAGGCUUUUUAAUUUCAUACAAAUCUGUUGUUGAGAUAAAUAAACAUGAGGACAGAGUAUUUACUCUAUUCUCAUUGAAAUUCUAGUGACAAGUGGAUUUUGAAGGAGGUAAUUUAAUUGUGGCUGCAACCUAUGUGACACCUACAGUACAAAAGGCAGAACCUCCUAACUUAGUGAGUACCUAGAGAUCCAAAUGGUCUUACAGUCUUUAUAACACAGUGGUUAUGGCUCUGUUAUGUAACUUUAAAGAGGUUCUACUGUUUUAUGUGAUGCUGGCAGCUAGCGAAGUUCCCCUAUGGUGGAAUUUGUCUGUUUGGACUAGCGCAAUGGCAUUGUUGUUUGUGUUGGUUAGAGUUGGCAUACCUAUAUAUUAAUGCGAGUAGUCACAAAUAUUACCUAUUAUUAAUGUAUUGUUUGAAAAGAUAUUUGAGCUAACUGCAAUAUUAUGUGAAAAUGUUCAAGUCCUGUUGACAGCAUAGUGUGAUAGUGAUGUGCAGUCCAGGCUAGAGAAAAUGUAAUCACAUUUAAACCCAUUUAAUUUUCAUUAGGGUCAUACUAUUUGAUAUGUUGUGAAUAUAGCUUUUGGUAUCAUUUCCAUCAUAUGUACAAACCCACGUACAUAUUUGUCUGGUUGUGUAUACCAGGAGAUGAAAAUCUUGAGAAAUUGUAAAAGGUUGUUGCCAUAGAAUUUAUAUGAGUGUUAUUUAUCAGCACAGCAAUGAGUUUUUCUUGUAACAUGCAUAGCAGAUGGGCAACCUGUUUUCCCAGUGUGCAAAGAUUACUAUAUCAUAUGACGGUGAUAUUUAAUCUCCCCCUUUUCUAUUAUUAAUUUAUGGAAAAACAGCACUUGCAUAUAUAUGUAUAUAUGAUAAUUAGUAUGAUAAAGCUGUUAGAGAUAAUAUAUAGCUGUAAUGUUAAUGCACAUUACCAACUAAAUUAUCAAGCUUUUUAUAGCUUCAAUUGCAUUGCUAGAUAAGAGAUCUAGACAAAUUGAAGAGUUGAAUUGAAAUCUACUCAUCACAGUUCAUAAAAAUUAAGACACCCGAAGAUAGUCGCAAGUCAACGUCAAGAUGGCCAGUCAGGCUCUAUUUUAAUUUCACUUUUACUUUCAGGUUUGUGAAUAACAAGUGAAUUUUUAGCUGAUCUCAGUUCAUGUUCUGUUUCUUUAUAAUGCCCAUUGGUUUCGUUUUAUUAUCCCAAUAGAUAUAAUAUACGUAGAAAACCAUGUAUGUCCAUGUAUUCUCUAAAGGAAUUUUUGUGAUAGAUUUCCAUUUUUGUAAAUCAUACAUGAUUCUUCUUACAGGUAAGCUGCCGUAAUUCAUUCCGAAAGGCAUUUAUAGAUAAGAUAAGAGAUCUUUGUUUUAGUAACAGUAUUUGGGCAUAUUUGCUGUAGAAUAUUGUUUGGUGUUCUUAAUUUAACAGAUUGGGUUGUUUUAGUCUGUUGAGUGCCAAUGGUGUUUGUGAUGAUAAAAAAAAAAAAAUAUGGUAAAAUUCGUGAUAUUGCAUGUAUGUUAAAUAUUUUUGGUUUAACUUUUAUUUUCUCCCUUUAUUGUAUAUAGAUUUUUAUUUUGAUCCAUUUACUGUACAUUGUUUUAAAUGUACCACAUAGUAUCCUUGGGAGCUUGGUAUUUUGUUUGCAUUCUCUUACGUUUUAUUAGACAUGUAUUAUCAUACUUCUUUUAUACUAACAAUCCACCUGACCUCAGUUUAGAGACAGUAUUUUUACAUAGUGAUAAAAACAUGAAGCCAGCCAUGGAAUGCAGUGCUGCCUCCCAUAAAGAGGGUAACACAGAGAGGACUGCGCUUAACAAGAAUACUGUAGAGAAAAGCACCACUUCCAAUUAAGUGAUGCAAUAAAUUUUCCCAUGUUCAUAUUUGAAACUUUAUGAAAUAAAGUAAUAGAUUCUAUAAUA